AUGUAUUUCAACUCUAGACCAGGUAUUUUUCCUUCCUAUGAAUAUCAUUCUUCUAUUGUCAGAGUGAGAAACAGAAUUGUUGCAGGUGCAAAUCACGUACUUGUAUUAAUGCCUAAUGGUAAAUUGUACUCGACUGGUGUCUACAAUAAUGGAAAUUUGGGAAGAACAAGUCAGGAUUCUAGACUCCUCUACAAUAACCCUGUUGAAGUUCUUGACGAAUUAGAAAUUCUUCAAAUUGAAGCUCACAGAAAUAGCAGCAUGGUGUUGACUACGAAUGGUCUCUAUGUUUUUGGUUUAAAUGAUCGUUCACAAUUAGCAACUGGUGGAACUAAAUCUGUGUUGAAAGCAACAAAAGUUCGUGGUUUUAACUUUGACACUAAAAUAGUUCAAAUUGCUAUGGGUAAUUAUGCUUCGUAUGCGAUAGAUGAAAAUGGAAAAUUGUGGGCAUGGGGAGCUAAUGAUCAAGGUCAAAUUGGUGACAGAACUUGGGAUGAAAAGAAUAGACCAUUCUCUGUUUAUAGAUACGGAGCUUUAGCAAAUCAAACAGUUGUUAGAGUUUGUGCUGGAAAUGGUAGUGUACUUGCUUUAACAUCAACAGGUAAUCUGGUAGCAAUUGGAGACAACACAUACGGUCAAUUGGGUACUGGUGAUUACGUUUCAAGUGGUGAGCCUGUAAUUGUAAAGAUGAAACCAUUCCAAAAUGAGACAAUCAAAGAAAUUCAAUGUGGUAUGUUUCAUAACCUUGUCCUUACAGCCAGUGGUAAAGUUUUUGCUUUUGGUGGUAAUAUGUAUGGACAAGUUGGAACUGGUAACACAACAAACAUACCAAUACCAACUUUGAUUUCUGGUAUUGACUGCACCGUAACCAAGAUCCACUCAAAAGGUCAUGUGAGUUUUGCUGUUUGUGCAUCUAAACCAGGGUAUUUUUAUUCUUGGGGAUUGAAUGAUAUUGGGCAAACAGGUGCUGGACUUUCUUAUGGAUUAAAAAUUCUAUCACCAAAACUUGUAAAAUACUCAGCUCACCCAAUUGUAGAUAUUACUUCCAAUGUUGAUAAUUCCUUCCUUUUUCUUGCUGAUGGAUCCAUUCAUGCCACAGGUGGCUGUUUUAAUACCCAGUUUUUCCUUGGACAAGAUUGCUUUGAUGCAUCUCCCAAGUACUUUUCCGAAACCGUUCUAACAAAGAAGUAUGCUUUCUCUAUUAACGGACUUUUCACUCAAGUACGACACCAAACCAAUAUGCAAUUACACUGGUAUCAGAGAAAACCAGUUUAUUUCGAAAUGGGUGAUAUUGCAUAUUUACUUCAAACAGAGAACACUCUUCCAACAAGAAGAAAUAACGGGUUCAAUAUGUACACCACAAACGUUACAGCAAAUGACAUGGUAUGGAAAAUGGUUGAGUAUAAUGAAACUACCAACACUGGUUUCCCUCACUCUAUUUAUAAUACACACGUCCUUAAACAUGGUGAAUAUGUCUAUUUGUUUGGAGGUGUUGUGAAUGAUGAUAUUUCAAAUAGAAUUUACAGAGCACCUGUCUAUGAUUUGGUUCAAUCAUGGGAAUUAAUUAAUGAAACACUUCCAAUUCCAAUAGCAUCUGGAAUGCUUCUGACAGUAGGAGAUUAUGUUUACAUUUUUGGUGGUAUCAUUUCUAUCUAUGAGUUCAAUUCUACCGUCGAUCUUGGUCCAACAAUGAGACACAAUGUAACCAAUUGUAUAAUGCGAGCUUCAACAACAAGCAUAACAAAUUGGGAGAUUGUACAAGAUGUUAUUCCCCUUCCCCUGCAUUCUGCUUUUAUCGAAGUGGUUGGUAAUUAUGUCUACUUGUUUGGUGGCAGCUCAACAGUACGAGGAAGUGGUAUUAAUAUCUUUAGAGCAACAUUACAAUCUCCAACUGUAUGGGAGAUGACCUUCGGUCUUCUUCCUUAUUACGUUACUAAUACCGGUCCAUUUUCCUCAACAGAAGAUAAGUUAUAUAUUUUUGGUGGUACAAACUCAUCCACUAGUUCAACUGGGCCUUACUUUGCCUUUGGUAAGAAGAAUGAUAUUAUUGGAUCAUGGACUGCAAUACCGGAUACAAACAUAGAGUUGAAUAUUAUUCACAAUUCUACACAAUUUGAUUGGUGCACCAAGUAUCCAUUGUUAUGCUAUCAAUGUUCUAACCCAGAUUAUUUUUUCAGUGCUGUUACUGGGCACACUGGUCCACAAUAUUAUGAGGCUACUAAUCCAAGUGUCUGCUCUUCAGCUGGUAUUUGCGUUGGUAAUGAUGGAUGUAAAUGCACUCCUGGUCGAUUUGGUGACCGAUGUCAAUUUACAGGAAUAGUGGCUUACAAUAAUGGCAGACAAUAUGCCGAUGGAAAUGUUGCUGAGUCUUGUGCUGCCUACAAAAAUCCAACUAACACCUCUCGAGUAUAUCAAGGUAUAAUUGGUGAUGGUUUCUAUAUUAUUCAAAUUAUUGGAACAACAACACCAAUUAAAGUAUAUUGUGACAUGACUACAAAUGGUGGUGGUUGGAUAGCUUAUUAUACAGGUAGUGCUAACAAGCCAGUACAUUUGGCUAAAGGAUAUCAAAACCCAGGUGAAGAUGUAAACUCUGGAGAUUACAUCGUAGAUCUUAGAAGUUUCUUUUUUACCCAAGUUAUGUUUUCUAAAGGUGGACAAAGCGACUGGUUUACUUGUAUUGAGUGUGGAAAUGGUUACACAGUUGGUUAUUCAAAUGAUGGUGCGUUGACUUCAAAUAGCCUGGGUUCUUGGCGUGCCGGUGGAGCAGUUACUGGUACCUACCAGUUGUACAUUGCAGACAAUGCUCCAGCAUACGCAGGAACAACAAACUCAGCUGCCUUCAUGAUGUACUAUUCAACAUCAAGUUAUACAUUAAACCCAACAAGUGGAUACGAUACCACCUCAUACACAAUUACUGGUUACAGAACAGAUACUGGAGGCAAGAUUACGAGAACAUCAGUAGGUGGCAGUUCUAUAUAUAAUGAAUGCUUUGGCGUUUGCUUUAGAGCAAACUUGGGAGGUUCUUGUGGUGCAGGCAGCAUGACUGUUUACCUAAGAUAG